CCCGAACUCAUUACCGACCCGAUCUUCCUCUCUUCUUCCUCUUUCUCUCUCGCGUGCAGACAACCCGACAUCGACGGAGAGCCUUCUCAACCUGCGAUCUCAGCUUCAUCGCGCCAUCGAAGGGAAAGCGUCGCCGGAUCUCGACGGUACCAGCCAUCUCCAGCUGAGUGGUCGACUCUUCGAUCAUUCUUGCUCGCGGUCGGCAGCAGCUCGGCGUCUAGGGCACGGCGAGGGAGUUGAUUCGCAUAGUUCCCUGCCGAUCGAUCUCCUAAUUCCUCCUCCUUGAUCUGUUCACUGGAGAGCGAUCCGCAUCUCCACACCAACUGGAUUAGAUCGGGCGAUACCACUUGGAGUCGACCAAUCGAGUGGGUGGCAUCAGACCAGCUAAUUGGUGGAUUUCUCCUUUGCCGAUCUUUACUUCUCCACUUCUUGUAGCUGUCGAAGUCUCGGUGAAGAGGUGGAGGUUUGUUUGAGGGUUCUUGAUAGCAGUAGGUAGGAGUCUUGUUGGCUGUGUGAUUCGGAAUUUGCUGUCAAAACCUCAAGUGUCCUAUUUAAAGUCAGAUGUCAGCAAAAGCGAGGAAGGUCACUGGAAGAGGUGAACAGACAGUUGCUCAUUAUGCUUUCCAUCCACUGGAGGAUGAUGCAAUAAUCAAACAUAGGCUUCUAACUCGAACAACAACCACUCGAGGUGAACCACCACUGAAGAAGCUGCAGAAAAAGUUUGUCGCCUUUGCACAUGAAGUUGAAAAAGAUGGAGAUAAUGCCGAGGACUUGGAGAAGGCUUACAAGGUCUUCUUACAAGAGAUUAUUACAUUCGAAUUACCACUUCUGAAAAGCAAAGCUGUAGUUGAUGCCAAUCUCCGAGAGAAGGAAAGUUUCAAUGAGUUACAAACUGAAAUCCAGCGGCAAAUAGUCCAAGCCCAGGCUGAUAUAGAGGAUCUUAAGAAACAACUCGAGCUAAGCAAAAUUGAGAGGCAGCACAAGGAAGAGUGUGAAGUCAUUCGGAAACUGAUUGCCUCACAGCCCCCCAGGUCUGAAACACAGAAACUUAUAUCUGAUCUUGAGACAGAAAUUGCUGCUUUGGAGGCGGAGAAUCUUUCCUGUGCGAAGACGCUGGAUCUUAGGAAGAAACAAUUAACUCUUCUACUCCAUGUGGUUGACGAAUUGCAGAACACAAUUGAAGAUGAACAGAAGAGUCCAGUAGAUGAGCUGCAAGCAGCUAUUGAAGAGCAUAAGAUGAAUGUGGAAGAAGACAGUGGCCCUGGAUCUGAAGCUAUGGCUGUUGAUUAAUUUAUGAAAUGUUAAGUUUCGACAUCUAUUUUCCCACCUUUUGUUUGGAUUAUGAAACUAGUAGAACAAUGUUUUGCUAUGCAAUUUUCUUCCUUGGCAAGAGAAAAUGGUAAAAAACA